AUGGAAGCGUUAGUAGAUGAUCUGGAACACGCGACUAUUUAUCGUAAAGGUCCGGACGACAGUGAAGAAAGUGAUGGAGAAGGAGGGCUUGGUAAUCUCAAUAGAUUGAUUGUCCGUCCACCAGGACACAGCGGUAAGGCAAAACGUGGCCAUUUGUGCUUCGACGCUGCGUUUGAAUGCGGAAACUUGGGCAGAGCUGAUCACAUCACGGAGCUGGAAUACGACUUGUUCAUAAGACCGGAUACUUGUCGGCCUCGAUCGCGGUUUUGGUUCAAUUUUACAGUGGAGAAUGUUAAGCAGGAUCAGCGAGUCAUUUUUAAUUUGGUAAAUUUGGGCCAAGAGUUUACACUUUAUAAUGGCGAUAUGACACCAUUAGUGAGGUCUACAUCACGGACAAAAUGGCAGCGCAUUCCGAGGCGUUUAAUUUUUUACCAUCGUUCGAUCGUUCAUCGGGGUCGAAAAAUAUUAAGUUUAGCGUUUGGAUUCGACCGAGAGGAAGAUGUGUAUCAGUUUGCAGCUAGUUAUCCUUACUCUUAUUCAAGGUUACAGAAACAUCUGAGUAUCUGGGAGAAGAAAGCGGAAGGUUUUGCCAAAAGGGAAUCCAUUGCACAAACAACGCAAAAACGGCGAAUCGACCUCAUAACUAUAGAAGAUUUUAAUGUAAAAGGAAAAAGCGUCUCAAAGAAACGUGUCGUACUUAUAUUGGCCCGAACACACGGCGGGGAUUCUCCGGCUUCUUAUAUAUGUCAAGGUUUCCUGGAUUUUCUUGUUAGUACAUCGGAAAAGGCCCAAACAUUACGAAAUAACAUCGUAAUUCAGAUUGUACCAAUGGUAAAUCCAGACGGUGUAUUCCUGGGGAACCAUCGAUCUGAUUUAUUGGGCUCAGACCUCAAUCGUUGCUGGAACAGAGCCACAAGCUUUGCUCAUCCCGCUCUUAUUGCCGUUAACGAACUUGUCAAAAAAAUAUCUGCAGAAAAAACUCUUCAAUUAGAUUUCAUCAUAGAUCUACAUUCUGACAUCAUCCAUGAAGGAGUGUUUGUAAGAGGAAACUCUUAUGAUGAUGUUUAUAGAUUUGAACGUCACGCAGUUCUGCCGAAAUUCCUAGCUGUGCGGGUAGAAGCGUGGCAAACAGGUUCCUGUAUAUACAACGCAGACGCUCUGCUAGCGGGCAGUGCCCGGCGCGCGCUGCCUGCGGGUGCGGUCGACGCUUACUCGCUGCUGGCCUCUUUGGGCGGCCGGAGACUAAACUCUAGAGGACCAUAUAUGCAUUACACGGAAGAUGCUUGUAUCCUUUCAACCGAAUUAGAAAAACGUUUCCAAUUCGACAGUAUUUUUUGUCUUUUUUUUCCAGAAUUUUGGAGCCUUAGGUCUCCCAGUUCAUCCCCAGAGCGAAGGGUGCUUGCUGCGAGGGUGCUAUCACCGCCGCUGCCGGCCGCGUCGCCGCCCGUUUUACGCGCUUUACCGCCAAGAACUGCUCGUUAUGCGACACUUCGUACAAGACCAAAGACUGUACCUGUUGAAAAUGAUGCUUUACCUAUUAUAAAAGGGACAGCUGUGCGGACGCCAAGGUUAGCAGUAGUGGAUUUCAGCGCAUACAUCAGAACACCGACCCUCCAGGGCCCAUACAAGAACCGCCCCAAACUAGCUCGGAUACCGCGACCCACUCACGCUCGCUUCACCAGCGAUGAAUAUGAUACUCAUGAAUCUGACUCAUAA